UGAUCAGAGUAGUCAGGCGAAACUGAGUCUUGGCUUAAAGUUCUUUUAAGUUACACAUUAUUGUUCAGAUUAUUUGGCGUUAGCAUUUAUUUUUUUUAGUUUUUUGAUUUUUAUGUUAUGUCUAUAUAUACAAUCCAUUCUAAAUUUACAACAUUGGACAAUAAAGAAAACUUGUUAAGUUUUAAUGGCCGAUACGGGAAGGUUUAAUCCGUACGAACAUCGAGAAGUUGACUUCCCUAUAACAAAAUUUGGUGCCUUUGUGACGACAUUUAAUUCCGUGGUUGGAACAGGAAUCCUGGCCCUGCCCUUGGCAUUUCACUACGCUGGCAUCGUCACGGCUACUCUUUUGCUCCUGCUCAUCACCUUCCUGCUCAUUCAUGGCCUGCAGUUGCUGAUAUACAGCAUGGUGGAGUGCUCGCGCCGAUUGGAAAUCGGCUAUGCCACCUUCCCGGAGGCCAUGAUCUACUCCUUCGCGCAGGGCCCCAGGUGCUUCAGGUACUGUGCCAAGGCCGGAGGUUACUUCGUGGACGGGGUGCUGGGCCUCUCCCACUACGGAAUGUGUGCGGUCUACGGGGUUUUUGUGGCCUCCAAUUUCAAGCAGAUUAUAGACUUCUACUGGAAAGUAUGGGAUGUUCGCAUCUACGUUGCAGUUGUUGGACUCUUCCUCAUCCCUGUCUUCAUGGUUCGGUCGCUCAAGUGGCUCGUGCCCCUCAACCUAACAGCCAUGGUGUUCACCUACUCCGGCUUCUUCUUUAUGUUCUACUACCUGUUUACAGGACUACCUUCGCUGUCCGAACGCGACAUCAUAUUUGGCAAUGUGGAGAAUAUAGGCCUUUUCUUUGGCAUCGCCCUGUUCUCCGUGAGCUCAGUGGGAGUGAUGGUAGCCACCGAGGCAAAAAUGUCCAAACCCGAGACCUAUCUCGGCUGGUUUGGUGUCCUCAGCAUUUCCUCCUUUGUGGUGAUGGUCUCGUACAUAUCCUUUGGUUUCUUUGGCUACUGGCGUUAUGGGGAGGAUUUGCUCGCCAGUAUAUCCCUCAACCUGCCCACCAAUGAAAUUGCUGCGCAGCUGUCCAAGAUCCUUCUGGCCCUGGACAUCUACCUGACGUACCCGUUGUCCGGUUACGUGGUAAUCAACAUCAUAAUGACCCACUACUGGAACAAGCACGGAAAACUAAAGCAUGCCAAAGUCAAGGAGACCCUCCUCCGCAUAUUGUUUGUCGUCGUGUCCACUUUGAAUGGGGUGCUGGCCCCCCACCUGGGUCCACUGCUCUCGCUGGUUGGGGCCUUCACCAUCUCCUUGCUGAACCUCAUCAUCCCGGCACUUAUGGAAAUUUGUCUGUACUAUCCGCCGGAGUUCAGCUACGGCAGGUUGAAGUGGAAGCUGUGGAAGGACAUUAUUAUCAUUAUUAUUGGCACUAUCAUUCUGGUCGAGGGCACGUAUUUUGCCAUUGUGGCCAUGGUCAAGGAAUAUGGGCGUAGCUAAGACAACGGAGACAAGUAGAGCGUUGUAUCAAAAUUAUUGCUUAGUGCCUUUAUUUUAUAUUCUUUAAAGCUUAAAUAUCAUGCUCUUUGUUACAAAUUUA